UCACAACGAUCAAAGAUAAGAUGGCAAAAAUAGAAGCUCUGAAUGAGGAGUUGCAGAAAAUCGCCAACGAGGAAUUGGGUGAAAUUACCCAAAGGAUACCCAAAGAUCUGGAUGCAUUUAAAUUAUGGAUACAACAUCAGCCUCAUUUGAAGGUGCGGGAUGAUGAUCAAUUCCUCAUUCAAUUCUUAAGAGGCUGUAAAUAUAGCCUGGAAAAGGCUAAAGGAAAAUUAGAUUUAUUUUUUUCCUUGAAAGGCAAAUAUCCAGAAUUGUGUAAUCUCACCAAUGUGGAUGAACCCAAGUUUAGAGAAAUGAAUGGAGUGGGUUUUCAGUUACUACCCAAACCUUUAAAUGGCACAGGACCAAGAAUUGUGGCUGUCCGCUAUAAUUUCUCCACCUCCAAAUACGCCAUUGAUGAUAUUUUCCAUCAAAGCUGCGCCUUGCAUGAAGCAAUGAUAAUGAAUGAUCCAUAUGCCUGUAUUUGCGGCCUCGUCUACAUUGUGGACUUUAGCCAAGCCACUGCUAGUCACUAUCUACAAAUGACACCCAGUUUUUGUAAAAAGCUGGUGAUCUUUCUGGAAAAAUCCAUGCCCUUACGCAUAAAAUCGGUUUAUUAUAUAAGGACUGCAACGGCAGCUCAACACUUUUUCAAAAUGUUACUUCCUUUCUUUUCAGAGAAAUUACGCCAAAGGAUCCAUAUUAUGGGUCAUGACUUAAGUGACCUGUUACAGGACAUACCUCCUUCAUAUUUACCUCAGGAUUUCGGUGGUGAAUUACCUUUAUUGGAUGAACUUGCUUCGAGUAUGGAUGAUAUGUGGGACAAACAUAAAGAAUAUUUCAAAAUGAAUGCUUUGUGUGGAUGUGAUGAGAGUUUACGUCCUGGCAAGCCCCUAGAUAUUGAUGGCUUAUUCGGUGUAGGUGGAUCAUUUAGGCAAAUUAUUGUCGAUUAAACUUUUCCCGGGUAUUAACAAAACCUAAUAUAGAUUUGAAAUAGUUUGAGAUGACAGAGUUCCUUUAUUGAACUGUCAAAUAAACCUAUUUUAAGGUUUCAUUAAGUUUUGUGAAUAAGGCCAUAUUAACUUAUUUUAGUUUUUACCCAUUUAUCAGUAUAUCAUGUGGAGGUGAAAAUCGGAAUAAAAUAUUGAAAUAUUUCUCUCUAAAAAAGAGGCGAGCUAA